AUGAAAAACAAAUGAAAAUAUUGAUGGUAAUAAUCUCAACUAUUGGCGGCCCACUCAUAAUAAUCACAGCUAUUGAUCAUUUUAGAAUAAUCCCAACUUUAGGGACCUUCAGACAAUAAUGGUCCGACGUGACCGACUAUAAACAAAUUCCUAUAGUUUCUAAAGAGAUAUAGCAGAAAAAAAUAAAGAAUAAAGAAAAUCAAAUAAUACAAAGAGACAGGAUUUAGCAGAAAUUGAAGCAAUAAUAUAAUGGAUGAUGCAAGUCCAAGUGCUCCAGGAUCUUACAAUUAUGAAGAUUUUGAUCCAAAAUGCAGAAUCCGCAAUAAGGCAACACAUGACGCCCUCAUCUUGCAUUUACCACACGGUUUCUCAGUGGACCAUAUCGCUAUUCUAUCAAUCGGGGUUCCUGCACAAAGCUGGAUCCAGAUCUUCGGGCACAAGCCGUGUGAGGAUGAAGGCUGCCCCCAGAAGUGGAUUCGAUUUUUCAAGGAAUUCAAUCUUUCAAGUAACUGCGACUUGAGGGGUGUCCGCAUGAGAAUGAAACUAGACGAUGACGACGAUAAUUAUAAUCUGUACAUAACCCAACACAAACCGCCAUCCAUGUUUAAUAUCCCGGCCAUCCGGGAAGAACAAGUGUCAAUUUCUCCCCAUGAAGACAUCUAUAAAGAUGUUGAUGAUGUGGUUUGGGAGCUCAAGAAGGAAUCGCCUGAAUUUGAUACUCUCGUCCUCUGUUUACCAGCCCCAGGUUUCACUAAAAACCAAGUAAGCGUUCGAUUAACGGAAUCUCAACGGCUCCUCGAGAUCAGUGGACAUACAUAUGACUUAACGGCAUAUUCCGGCGGAGAAAUCCGUCUUCCGCCUGGAUUUAAAUUGGUGACUCGAUUUUGUAAAAACAUCUCCGUUUCAUCUAACUACGAUUCGAACCGGGUCGAGAAGAAAAUUGAAUACGGUAUCCUGUACAUAACACUUCCCAAAGUCAUGAGGAAGAGAGAAAAUCCUAUUUCUACAUCCCAACUGAUUAAAAAGUUACACAACACGAUGAGUGGGGCUCUAACCAUCUGCUUAAGUUGUUGCACUUGGUCAAAGUAACUAUUACUCACUAUUAUAUUUCUCCUCUUGAAUUUGUCAAUUUUCGAUGGAAAAAUGGAAACUUAUAAUCCAACAUUUUAGCGGUCUUCUUACAAUAUUCUCACUUUUUCAUUAUUCAGGAAUAAUUUAACUUUUCCACUCCAUCUUCAUUCAAUAGUCCCUGAUCGGUUGAUGACCUAUUAUUCCAAGUUAUUUUCUUAUCUUUGCAAAACAUUAUGUGACCAUAAGGCAUGAUUUAUGGUAUAAUAUAUUACAAAGAUAAGAAAAUAACUUGGAAUAGCAGGUCAUCAAUCGGUCAGGGACCAACAAAUGAAGAUGAGGCGCAAAAGUUUGAUUAUUUCUGAAUAACGAAAAGAUGAGACUAUUGUAAGAAGACCGCUAAAAGGUUGGAUUAUUAGUUUCCAAUUUCCCAUUUUCAAUGAGGUGGGGAAAGUUACUAUAUGAUUGAAGUUUGUACAUACAACACGACAUCGGAACUGGUAGGGGGUGAACGCGGUCCGGUCCAGAUUCAUCACUAAAUUAGUGAAACAUGUAAUGUACCCACAAGAUUUCUAACAGUUCAGUACGGUUUGGUUCUAGGGAUGAAACCAUUCGAUACCAUGUAAUUUCGGAAUGGUACAAAAUGGUUCGAUACAAUAUCAACACAUGCUGAAACAUUUGGACAAAUCAUGUAAUUAGU